AUUUCUACGAAUCAGCAAAAAGAAAAGACGGAGUCCAGGAAAACCUACAAGAUGUGCAGGCCUUUUUUUAUGUACAAAUCAAUAUAACAUUGAGGCUUUCUUUACGGGGAUGACAUCACAGUUUGCUCACGAAUACAGAAAUCCUCGUUACCAUAAAAACCAAAAAGGCAGUAAAUACACUUUGAAACAGUGAAACAAAAGUUGAAAAUAUUAUCUGAGACACAGAGGUGCAAUUGAGGCUUUUAUGGAAGAAAUGAUUGCAGCUAUCAUUUGAUUAGAAAAAGAUACCGGUGUGUUUGUGUGGUUGUGUGUUCUUACACAAUGCAGUGUUUUCAAAAACCCUUAAUAUUUUGGGUAGAUUCCAAAAUUUUUCCUUGGCCUUGGGCCCCAGGCUAGCCCAGUUCUGCCUUGAAGUGUGGGGAAAAUAUACACUGCAAUAAAAUUUAAUACCAUCGAUGUUGUCAGAGGAACAUGACUGGUGUAGUCCUCCAAUAAUGCCCACGGUGUUAAAUUAACACCAACGCAACACCGCUGUUUUAGCGGUGUACAGUUCCCCCUAAGCUAUGUUGUGUUUCAAUGUCCCAUUUGUUACCUUAUGCAGGAUUUCGGUUCAAGAUGACUUGUGUGGUCCCCUAUUUUCUCGCAUAUACUUUAAUCAUUUAUUAUUUAGAAUGGAAAUUAAUGGCCACUGGAGGUGUUUUGAAGGACAAAGGGAACUUUGGGCUUGGUCCCUUCAAUUUUCUUGACCUGUACUUAGAAAGACAUUGAUGUGUAUCUUAUUGAAACUUCAUGGAUAUUUUUCGUAAAUAGACUUUCCCAAAUAUAAAGGUAAAAUUCUCAAUAAAAAUUAAACACAACCCCUCUAACCACUAAGCAAACAAAUACAAAAUCAUACGGUAGCUGAAUAAAUAAACAGGAAAAUGUGAUUUUCACUUUUACCCGAUGUCACCCUCACUCACUCCCUCACGUUUGUCAAAGGUUAUUUACUUAGUUUUCAAGCAUUUUGAAAAAAAAAGUUGUGGCGCCCUCUCAUAUUAACUCGAGAAUUUUUUUGUCACAUCGCACCUGGAACUUAUAAUUCACCAUUUGUGCAUUCUGGUCUUAAAUAAUGUCGCCAUCAAUACUCCACGAUAAAAAACUUGCACACUAUAGUUUGACGGACGAGUUUGCCACGGUUUGAUCAACCUCGUUUCCAUGGUGUCGACCAGUGCGCCCAAAUAAAGUAACCCCGGGGGACAAUUUAGCAGUUUGCCCAUGGUUUUUAAAAGUGGCGCAUUGCCUAAAAUAAUUGUCUCGCGCCCAGUGCAGUCGAUGUAUAGGAAUGUUUUGUCUGUGAAAUCGGCGGUUUCUAGAAAAUGCCCAUCAAACGCUUGGUAAGUUUCCGUAAAUUAAGACCACAAGAAGGCGGUCAGUAUUUUGUGUGUGAGUCCUAUUUCAAUAUACCGUAUUUGAUUCGUCCAGUUGGCACUGCGACAUCGACCGCCUGUCUUACGCUUCAGUGCUUGUUCGACAACGUGACAUUAAUAAAGACGAAAAAAGAAACAAAACAAAACAGGUGCUUCCUUGCUGCCAUUAUUCUCUGCCAUUGUGGUGGCAGGCGUGCUGGAAUCAUGUACUUCACCAAGACUAAGGCCCAAAUUGCCACAAGAAUCGUCUUUGUGGCUAUCAUCUGCUGGAUUGCUGUCCAGAAAAUGACAAGAUUACGAAAUUACAGACAAAACUCUGUGUUUAAACCAUCUGUUGACCCGAAAGAACAACCUACCUUGCGCACCAAGCCACCCCUUAUUAACAAAAAUGCGAAAGUGAACAACAGCAAGAACGUGCAAGCUACCUCCAACAGUAAGACCAGAAGCAUCCCCAUGUACUCCGACAAGGUGAUCGGCCCGCUCCCUUAUAAUUUCACUCUGACCAACGGGCAUGUAUGCAUGCAGAAUGCGACGAGCCAACGGGACGUGUUCUUACUGAUUCUGGUGAAGUGCCGGCCAGGAGGGAGCUCCCGGAGGGCGCUCAUUCGAAAAACGUGGGGAGGGGUGCGAAAAGUGGACGGCCGACAAACGCUGACCAUGUUCCUGCUUGGAAAGGCCGUAAGUUCAGCUCAGAACGCCAUGGUGACCAACGAGAACAGCCAACAUCAUGAUAUCAUACAGAGCGACUUUGUAGACAGUUAUCUAAACUUGACUCACAAGACCAUGAUGGGAUGGCGAUGGGCCUCCACGUUCUGCCCGGGCGCUGAAUAUGUGGCCAGCGCCGAUGACGAUGUGUUGCUGAACGUGUACAAUAUCGUCAGACGACUGGCCAAGAGGCCCCGAACCAAGUACGGCGAAGGAUACCUGCUGGUUGGAAAAAAACCGAACCGGAAAAAAAACACGAAGUGGCACACCACAGAGAAACUGUACCCAGAGCCGACGUAUCCUCCCCAUUUCCUUGGGCCAUGCUACGUGUUGUCCGGUGACGUCGUGGCUUGGUUCCACAAGGAGUCCCCGCACGUGCGGUUCUUGCCGUGGGACGACGUCUACGUCGGCAUGAUCUUGAAUAGGCUGGAGGUAACCUUGACGAACGUACCACGUUACAUCGUAUUUGCGAAUAGCUACAAAGCUAUCGAGGCUGCUCUUGACGAAGGCCAAGCAGUGCUCGUUGGCAAUCAGAAUCUAUUGAUUAAGGACAGUGGUGGAGGGGAAGCACUCUUAAAGAUGUGGGAAAACUUAACGCAGAAACACAACGCGGAAAAUCACACAAGGGAAUAUUAAUUGAAAGACGGUACGUAAACUAUAUAGGCAUGUCCCCUCUCCAAAAUCAAUCCUUUCCAACAGUGUGUCAAUUCUGGGAUUCUAUACACUAAGACUUUACGAAUAAUCAUGUGUCUGAAUGCGAUGGUAAGAAUAAUUGCAUGAGGUGACAGAUGAAACGGUCUAUCCCACUCGCCUCGUGGAAUAAAGCGUUUUGUCUGUCACCGAUUGCAGUUAUUCUUAUCAUUGCACGAAUGCGAAGCAUUCAUUAUUUGUUUUAUGUAACACCAGUAUAAAUCCCCGUCAUCUGAUUUUCAGAGCACAGCUUGAUAAUUAAUUAAUUCAAACUGGAAGCUGUCCAGUUGUGAAUCUGUUAAUUUUUCGACAUGAUAUUGCCGAGCUCGUUUAAUCGUUUGGCAGCAUUGGAUCUGUUUCCAUAUGUUGGCAGCAUCAGCAUUACUUACAAAAACAAGUUCUAAUAAUUAUGUCGUAGAAUUGUGAACGGCUGAGCUUGAUCGCUCGUCAUUUUGCCAUAAAAAACCUGCGCCACUAGACGCUGCACUGCAGUUCAAUCGAUCCGGAGGUGUUCGUUAUCCAUUUCUAACGCGCAGUUGUUUCAAAUAGUAAUUACACCGACUUCACUACCGCUGUUUUUUAAACAUUUUUCCGGAUUCAUGUGAAAGGAUGACUCCUGUUUUAUAGACUCCUAACUAUCAUUCAUGACAGCAGUCAUUGUUACGUAGGCGUACGCAAUACAACUUAUGAGUCCUUGUUUCAUGAAAGCAAAAUUUUCAGCCUACAGCGUAAACGGCUAAUAACUUUGUCACAUGCAGCUGCGCAGCACGCGCAGUGUUUAAAGAGAAAGUGCAGUUGGCUGCCAAUAGUUCCCAAAUACUGACCGCUUUGAGUGGUAUAGUAAAACUAGCCCCCUCAGUGAUCCAUGGAGAAUCAUUCCAUUUUCCUGAGACAAAGUCAAGUGAAAAUAAAAUGCUUUGUGGAUCACCAUGCGAGGAUAGUUCACUCUAUCAGCCAAUACUUGUUUGAUAACACCUCUCCCAUAGAUUCGCUUGAUCUAAGCGAUAACUGAUUAAUUUAAUUUGAUGCUUGUGUCACGCCCAUAAAAUAUAUCCCAGUCUCAUUUUAUUUAAAGAAGGUUCAUCGAUAUUCAUUUCUUAUUAAUAUUCAUAUUCAUGGUCCAAUCACAAUCGUCCGUUGACAAAAUAGCUAUUUUGAAUACGGGCCGUAAGCGUCAUUCCAGUAGCUGGAUCCGAGGGAACACCUUCAAACUGUUUCCUUUCCAGUAUUCAUUUUUUAUUGUUUCAUUUAUUAAGCUUUAGUUAUAUUGACAUUAAUCAGUUCUUAUUACUUUGAUUAUGCAAUACUUGCCAUUUUUAGCAUAACAGGUCUAAAUGGUGUAAUUUAAGGAAAC